ACGACCAUCACGAGCCUAUUACGCGCCCGCCUGACCGAUGAUACUGCAUUGAGUUUUGACGUUGUCCCACCAGAACGCAGAUAUUGUCCUAUGACUUUAAUGCUGGUUUCCUCUAUCUUGCUUUUACGCUCGCUAUGGCAACCCCACGCUCGUGGAAUGACUAUGAGAAGAAUGAAUUGCUCGCUGAGAUUAUCAAGCAAAGAUCUCCGUAUCCUGCGGUGCUACUUAAUGUCGCCCUGAACGUCAAUCCACAGCCGACCUGGGACAAUCUACCACUUCCAUAUGGACGGUCCGUCAACUCAUGUCGCGCAGUCUUCGACGAGAUGAGACGCAAUGCACCGGUCAUGUCUGUGCCGAGUACUGUCUACGGCCCUCAGACUCCAGUGUCUGCGCCCCUCUCUGCGCCACCACUUGGUUUCAAACGUACCUAUCAGCCUGAACAAGCUUUCAUACCAGGCCGAGAGAUACGACCAAAGCCAAUUCCAGCAGCAAGCACUGCGGCCCCCUCAACAACGAGCGAGCCACCUCCAAAGCGAAAGCGAGGACGGCCUACGAAAGAAGAGUCACAGGCAAAGGCAGCGGCCAGAGCGGAGCGAGGCGAAGGUCCGAGUGUGUCAGUGUCUGCUCCUUCGGGCCCCACCGCACCGUCUCAAAGCGUGUCGCACGCAGAAUCAUCCACCGAUCUCGCGUCGCAAGCGGAUGCUGCUGGACCUGCAUUGCCUCCAGCGACGCGCAUACCAAUCUCGGCAGUCUUAACACCUACAGCCCGGAAGACUGGAAGUAGCUCAAGCUCGUCAUCUGGGACGCGAAGGCGAGGCAGGUCAAUGAGGUCCGAAUUGGGCGAAGCGUCCGGAUAUGCGCAACAGUACGAGUCAUCGUGGGGUAGAGUUUCAGUAAUUCCUGAGGGCACACCUGCAACAACAACCGCGAUGCGCCAUCGAGAGGAGGAAUCACCGGCAACUCAACAACGCCGUCCCUCGGACGAUCAGUAGUCACGGACACAGCACGGCUAAGACGCACGUCACUUAAUAUCACACGAGCGCAUUUCGAGACUUAUUCGGGAGGGAGCACUACAUUACUGCACGAAUUUACGACAUCACAUUGGAUUGGGAUAAUGAUUUGCCACAACACAUCCUGCACCUGCAUACGCAUGGA